AUUUCCUUUCCUCCUCAGAAAGGUCAUAAUAUUGCACAUGGCUACUAUCUCAGUGAGAACACACAAGCCUCAAACCAAUUUCAUUCUGGAGAUUUUCUGAACACAGAGGAGGAUAAAACACAGGCUAUGUGGCACCAGAACUUUGUUUCCCAUCAGGAAGAACCUGUCCAGGACAAUGGGAACCAUAUUGGCUCAGUUACUGGCUUUGAUGAAUUGAUGGAGCAACACGGACCAGAACCAGGUCAGGAGCCAGAGGAAUCAUUGGUGACCCCCUCUACUCGUUCUGUGCAGAAAUAUGAAAACAUGAGUGCUGGUCAUCAACAUCCCUUUGGUGUUUUAUUAAAGGAGCACACACCAGAGACAACUGUGGAGGGCAUCAGUUUCCCAACUAUCAAUGAUUUCAGACAGUUUAUAGAUACAGUGAAGAGCUCCUUCUUGACACCAGGAAGUGACUUGGGUGGAUAUUUUCAAACUGCUCGAGAAACCAUGAAAAACGAGUUUAUUUAUGGUGCUCAAAACAUUGACGGAGAGUCUUCUAUGUCUAAUUCUGUAAAAGAAGGAUCUGUCCAUGAUGACGACAGUGAAAAUGAAGUUUGGAGUGAGUCGAUGAUGGAAAAGAGUGAACCAGACGCCAACUACCAAGCUGAAAGCCUCUCUCUUUUUGAUCCAGUUGACCACACAGCAAGUCUGAUUUCUCACAAUGAUGUCCAGGACUCUGGGCCGGGCUCUGCUGUCUACUAUAAUACAGAAGCCAGAGCAUAUGGUUUAGGUGAAUAUGGAAGUGAUGUUUCUCAGGAAAACCAUAAUAAUUUCGCAAGUAUUCCUGAUGAGCAACAUGAAGAUGUUGAGUCAACAAGCUACAACUUUCCUGUACAAAAACCUGCUGGCUCUUUGUUAGGAGGGAUUUAUUUAACUAGUAACCAUGUGACUUCCUCUCCUGUCAAAAGUAGGAAAUCCAGUAUAAAACCUCUGACCUCUGAGAAAAUAAUCCACUUUGAACUUGGUAACCAAAGAGAAGAGCCGCGCAGAGUGACUAAUCUCCUGUAUCCACAAGAACCCCCACCGUUGACUUCAUACGGUAAAAGCAUAUUUGUUAGUCCACCAAGAACUCAACUCUACAUGCCAUCUAAUGUGUCCAAACACAGGGAAAGACCCGUCCAAACCCAGUCUCCUCCGACACAUCAACCCACUGAGCCACACAGAGUGACUGUAGCUAAUCUCCUGUAUCCACAACAGCCCUGGUCUUUGACUUCAUAUGGUAAAAGUAUAUUUGUUGAAGCGCCUAAAACUCAAUUCUACAUCCCAGUAAAUGCAUCCAAACACAGAGAAAGAUCAGUUCAGACACAUCAACCCACUGUUGGCAAGGAAUCAAAGGAUAUAAACUCCACCCCGACCAUCUUACCUACAUCUACUGGCUCAGUUUUUUCAAACUCUGACUGGUCACCUCAGAGUAGCAGUGGUCACACGCGUGUUGAAACAAGUAGGUCACAUGACCCCCAGCAUCAUGUUUUUAGCAGAAAGCAGCCAAUCAAAUCAUACCUGCACUUUACUGUGAAACCUCCCAGCUUUUCUCCGGACUCAGAGAGACUGGUCAGCAAUCUCAGAAACCAGAGAGUCACUGUUUCCAGUCCGUCCAUUGUCUCUGGUCAGGCAAGAGAUGAGAAAUCUGACCAGUCGGAGCAGAAUGGAGGCUCUGUCGUCCAGGACCCAAAGCAAAUGAAUGACUUAAUAUCCAUUCCCACCACUUAUGGCUUAGAUUCAACUUUGAGUGGGAUUUCAUCUCGGGUCAGUGAUGUUGAUGUAACAUCUCCAAUUAACUUUCCCCCAACCUCAGAACCAAAGAAACCAUUUUCAAGGGAAUUUGAGAAUGAGGUCAUGUCCAGGGAUGUGAACUCUAAAAGAUUUCCCAGUGGUGUCAGAAACCUUCAGGGCUUGUUUUCUUAUCUACAAAAACGCGGCCCUCCGCAUUCCUUCAUGCAACCGACCAAAUUACAGGAGCUUCCAGCCAGUGUGAACGGAGAACAUGGCAACAGGGUCCAUCGCCUCUUUAAACCAAGUUUGACUUCCAAAGGGUCGGUUUCAACUCUGCCUGCUGUCUCUUGGAGGAAUGGUAGCAAUGCACAAAAGCGUCUGCCUCAAAAAUAUAUUAUCCAGUCCAGAAAUGGCUACAUAAGAGGCAAAGUGUCUUCGUCAAAGACUCGUUACACACCAUACCAGCACGCUGAGGUCAACGCUGCUGAACACCGAUGGAAACCUCACCUGAGAUGAAAAAGAGGUGAAGAACGAUAAAGAAUCAACAGUUCAGUUGAAUG